UCUUGUGUGUGUUCCUUUCACAGUUGCUGGAACCGUCUUGGAAGUCAGGCCAGGAGCCAUUUUCUGGAGGAGACGGGGUGCAGGAAUGGACCACAGUGGGGCCCUUCUUCUCUGCCUGUGCCUCAUGGUGUCUCAGAGCAGGAUGGAGGAGGCAUCCCAAGAUCCCCUGCAGUGGAUGUACGGAAUGGAGCGGGCACCCAGGAAGCCAAACCACAAACCUCGUUUUGAUGAGUUCAUCCGUGGUCUGGAGAGCAGACUGCUGAAUUUCAACCUCAGUGCCCCCGAACUCUGCUUCAAGUCAAACUAUAUCCAUAGCCUGACCUUCAACCUGAACUGUUCAUUUCCCGGCCUUUCUCUGAGCAGCGCCACUGUGGAGGAGGCCCCCCAGCAUGCCACGCAGUUCCCUGCUGAGCUGACCCAUGGCGCCUGCAAGAAACGGAGCAGGCAUCUGCGUCUCAUCUGCAUCCACUUCUUGAAAACCAAUUUCUUCCAGAGUGACAGCAACUUGUCUCUGCUCAAUAACUAUGUCUUCGGUGCCCAGCUGGGACAGGAACACGUGGAAAACCUCAGCGAGCCGAUCAACAUCAGCUUCUGGCACAAUCAUAGUCUGAAAGACUAUAUGCCGACUUGUGUCUUCUGGAAGGAGGUAGCUAAUCAGCACUACUGGGGCGUCUGGAGCUCUGAGGGCUGUCGCACAGAGCAGCCCUCCUCUUCCCAAGUGCUCUGCCGCUGCAACCACCUCAGCUACUUUGCUGUUCUCAUGCAACUCUCCCCGAUCCCUGAAAAGUUGCUGUACACUCUCACGUCCAUCACCAUUGUGGGCUGCAGUAUCUCCAUCGUGGCCUCGCUGCUCACCAUUGCACUGCACCUCCACAUCAGGAAGCAGUAUGACCCCACAAGGCAUAUCCACAUGAACCUGGUCGCCUCCGUGCUGCUCCUGAACGUUGCCUUCCUGCUGAGUCCCGUGCUGGCCGGGCCAUCUGUGCCCAGGCCAGUGUGCACGGCUCUGGCUGCCAUCCUGCACUGGGCGCUGCUCAGCUGCUUCACCUGGAUGGCCAUUGAAGGCCUCAACCUCUACAUUCUCCUUGGGCGCGUCUAUAACACCUACUUCCGCCGAUAUGUACUCAAGCUCUGCGUGGUGGGCUGGGGGGUUCCUGCCUUCCUUGUACUGCUCGUCCUCGCCAUCAAUUCCUCAGUGUAUGGACUCCACGAGAUCCACGUCUCUGACAGCCAGGGAAACAACACAGGCUUCCAGAACCAGUCCAUGUGCUGGAUGGAUAACGUCACAGUGCACACUGUCCUGGUCAAGGGCUAUGGCGGCCUUACAUGCCUUUUCAACCUGGUGGUGCUGAUCUGGGCGCAGCGGCUCCUGUGCAGGCUGCGGGCAGAGAAGAAUGUGCUUGGCAUCCGGGCCUGCCAGCACAUGGUCUCUGUGCUGGGCCUCACUGUGCUGCUGGGCACCACCUGGGUAUUGGGCUUCUUCUCCUUUAGCUUCUUCCCGUUGACCCAGCUCUUCCUCUUCACCAUCUUCAACUCGUUCUACGGUUUCUUCCUCUUCCUGUGGUUCUGUUCCCGGAAGCACUACUACUCAGGGGCAAAGGCCAAGACCGAGAUGGAGACAGUCAGCUCCUCCCGAUCAAUGCAGUAGGCUCACCUCCUGGGCCGGACCCUCCAGCCUGGCAGGCUGCUCCGGUCCAAGGCCCCAGAUCUCAUCCAAGAAGGCGGCAGGCCAG